AAGGGGGUCUCUUUGAGGUCCAGAGAUGCCUGGGCUGUGGGUAUCUUGGGCAACCUGCCUGAGGUGUGGGUGAUGGCGUCUCGGCCUCCUGCAGACACUUCCUGAGUGGACCGGGAGCCUGGGCGGCGGCUGGGGGCGGCGCGAGGGCAGAAGGCAGGCGGACAGGAAGGCCCUGGCGGCAGAGAAAGGUGGCCAGCGGCCAGCCCCGCCCUGUCCCUACCUGCAUGCACUCAGCCUCCGCCCCGCAUGGAGGGAUAAAAGGUCGCAGACUGCCUGAGGUCAGGGAGUUCGCACUGCUCCUCACCUUGUGCGUCCAGCCGCGUCCAGCCGCUAUGUCCAUCCACUUCAGCUCUCGCUCCACCGCCUACCCCGGCCGCGGAGCUCAGGUGCGCCUGAGCUCGGGCCACGCUGGCUUCAGCAGCAGGAGCCUCUAUGGCCUGGGAGCAUCCAGGCCUCGUGUGGCCGUGCGCUCUGCUUAUGGGGGUCCGGUGGGCGCCGGCAUCCGCGAAAUCACCAUCAAUCAGAGCUUGCUGGCUCCGCUGAGCGUGGCCAUCGACCCCACCAUCCAGCAGCUGCGCCAAGAGGAGCGUGAGCAGAUCAAGGCCCUCAACAACAAAUUUGCCUCCUUCAUCGACAAGGUGCGCUUCCUGGAACAGCAGAACAAGAUGCUGGAGACCAAGUGGACGCUGCUGCAGGAGCAGAAGUCAGCCAAGAGCAGCCAGCUUCCCCGAAUCUUCGAGGCCCAGAUCGCUGGGCUGCGGCAGCAGCUCGAGGCACUGCAGCUGGAUGGGGGCCGCCUGGAGGUGGAACUGCGGAGCAUGCAGGAUGUGGUAGAAGAUUUCAAGAAUAAGUAUGAAGAGGAGAUCAACCGGCGCACGGCUGCUGAGAAUGAGUUUGUGUUGCUGAAGAAGGAUGUGGACGCUGCCUACACAAACAAGGUGGAGUUGGAGGCCAAGGCAGAUAGUCUGCAGGACGAGAUCAACUUCCUCAAGACCCUUCAUGAGACGGAGCUUGCAGAGCUGCAAUCACAGAUCUCAGACACAUCUGUGGUGCUGUCCAUGGACAACAGCCGCUCCCUGGACUUGGAUGGCAUCAUUGCUGACGUCAAAGCCCAGUAUGAGGAGAUGGCCAACCGCAGCCGGGCAGAGGCUGAAGCCUGGUACCAGACCAAGUUUGAGACACUCCAGGCCCAGGCUGGGAAGCACAGCGAUGAACUCCGCAACACCAGGAAUGAGAUUGCGGAGAUGAACCGCUCCAUCCAGAGGCUGCAGGCAGAGGUCGACACCUUGAAGAACCAGCGUGCCAAGUUAGAGUCCAGCAUCGCGGAGGCUGAGGAACAAGGGGAGCUGGCACUCAAGGAUGCUCGUGCCAAGCUGAGUGAGCUGGAGGCUGCCCUGCAGAAGGCCAAGCAGGACAUGGCCCGGCAGCUCCGAGAGUACCAGGAGCUGAUGAACGUCAAGCUGGCCUUGGACAUUGAGAUCGCCACCUACCGCAAGCUGCUGGAGGGCGAGGAGAGCCGGUUGUCUGGAGACGGAAUGGGACCUGUGAACAUCUCUGUCGUGAAUUCCACUGGGGGCAGUGGCAGCAGGCUUAUCUUCGGGGGAACCAUGGGAAGCAACGCCCUGAGCUUUAGUGGGGGACCUGGAGCCCUCAGGGCCUAUUCCAUCAAGACCACAUCUACUACCCGCAGGGGCACCCACAACUGAGCAAUACAGUCAAGCUGUGGGCUUGGAGAGACCCCAUACCCUUUUGUUCACAUACAGAAAGAUCCCCUCCCCCACCCCACAUCCCUGUCCCAAGCUGGGAAGAUGGUCUGAAGCCGCUGUUGCUUUAAUAAAGGGCCUCUCUGAGA